CGGCCCGUGGGCGACGCGCUGGGGCUGGCGCUGGCGGCCGAGCCGAGCCGGGAGCAGAGCGCGUACGCCGACGAGUUGCGGCAGCUGCUGAUGGCGCGGCGCCGCGACGUCGCCGCCUACCUGACGCUCCUGCGGCACGUCAUGCUCGCGUAUCCCGAAAUAUGUGAUUUAUCACACUUCCGAAUUGUCACAGACUUGUUAGCGAAAAUCGUCGGCAGAGAGAAACACAAAUGCAUCGAAAUUCUACAUAUGUACGUGAAGUACGCCAACGAGCAGAAGGACGCCGGUAGCGGCCAUCACAUCGCCGACAUGCUGGAGCUGGUGUUGCCCGCCCUUCCGCUGGACACGGACGUAGCGUUCGAAUUGUGCCGCGCGGGGCUGGCCCACAUGCGCGCGGCGCAGCUCGGCCACGUGCGGGCCCGCGCCGCCGCCGCGCGCCGCCCGCCCGCGCUGCUGCUGCUGCUGGACGACUUGCGCGAACGGACGUGUUCGCGUGAAAAUUCCGAAAACGACGACGAAACGUCGGAGCCGCCGGCGAAACGACGCGCACUUGAGGGCGUGGGGCGAGGGGCGGAGGAGCCGGGCGCUGCGGACGAAGCGGAGCGGCGUGCUGGCGCGGCGCUGGCGCACGCCGACCCGGCGCUCGCGCGCGCCGCGCUGCACGCGCUCGCGGCCGUGCUGCCCGCCGACCCGCCCCACAGUGUGAUCCCUAAAUUAGAGAGUACAUCGUGUACUGAUACUGAAAAUAAAUUUUAA